AUGCAAGAUUCUCUUAAUCUUGUCACUCUUCCAACAGGUCCCAUUUGCUCUCUACUAUCAAAGAGUCUACUUUUCCAUCAACACUUGAGCCCUCAGCCUUGACUUAAGAUGGGAGAAGCCAACUUACCCUCCCUUUCCAAGUGCGGACUACAGUGGUGUUUCAAGCAGCUGGGAGAAGAAGGGUUUGAAACAUUCAAGGACUUAGUAAAGGAAAAAGCUUCAGAACUGGCAGCGUGCUCUUUUCCGUGGAUUGAAGUGGAUAAUGCCAAUAUGGAACAUUUAGCCUACCUCUUGCAUGAGCAUUGUAGGGGACCUCUUGUCUGGAAGAUAUCCAUAAGUAUCUUUGACGAGAUGGACCUGCCAGCACUCGCUCAGAAGGCAAGGGAUUACAUGGAAAGAGGUGACGAAUGGCACUACAAGGCUCACGUGAUGACAAAAUUUGCCAUGAUGUCGGAUACACACCACGAUUUCAAAACCCUGGCCCCUGACUGUCUGCAAAUGCACAUGCUGUUUGGCGCGUUCACCCCGGACCAGUGCGGCUUUCGGCCCCUCACUGUGGUGAUGCACGGAGAGUCAGGCGUCGGCAAGUCAGCUUUGGCCCGGAGGGUCCUGCUGCACUGGGCCCGAGGGGAGCUGUACCCCAGCUUGUUCUCCUACGCCUUCUUUCUCCACGCUGGAGAGAUCCAAUCCAGGAAGGAGAGCAGUUUUAUGGAGUUAAUUUCCAGGGAGUGGCCAGAUUCCCUGGUGCCCGUGAUGGACAUCCUGUCUCAACCAGAAAGGCUCCUGUUUGUGGUCGACGGUUUCGAUGACCUGGACGUUGCCUUCAAAGAGGAUGACACUCAUCUCUGUGACGACUUGGCGGAGAAGCAGCCCGUGUCUGUCCUGAUGCGUAGUCUGCUGAAGAAGGUCCUGCUCCCGGAGGCGUCCCUAAUCAUCACCGUCAGAGACGUGGGCGUGGAAAAUCUCCAAGCUGUGGUCACGUCUCCCCGUUACCUCUUAGUUGAAGGAAUGUCAAUGGAAAGGAGGACUCAGUUGUUCCUGGAGCACAUGAAGAAUGAGCAUCAGAAAAUUCAAGUGUUGCACUCGGUGGUGGACAAUGACCAGCUGUUUGGCAAGUGCCAGGUCCCGGUCGUGUGGUCGCUUAUCUGCCAGGCUCUCCAGAUGCAAGAGGCGUCAGGGAAGAGCCUGCCACAUACUUGCCAGAUCCUCACGGGCUUGUACGUCACCUUUGUGGCCCAUCAGCUCACCCCUCGAGAUGCCUUCGGGUGCUGUCUCGGCCGUGAAGAAAGGGCUGUCCUGAAGGCUGUCUGCCGGAUGGCCGUGGAAGGGGUGUGGAAUGCCAAGUUUGUGUUUUACGGCGAUGACCUGCGUGUUCAUGGACUGACCCCGUCGGAGCUCUGUGCCCUGUUUCACAUGGACAUCCUUCUCCCAGAUGGCCCCGGUGAGAGGUAUUACACGUUCCCCCACCCCAGCCUCCAAGAGUUCUGUGCUGCUUUGUACUACAUUCUAGAAGGAUUGGAAAGAGAGUGGGAGACCCACCCUCUGUUCGUGGAGAAUAUAAGGACUUUAAUGGAGCUCAAACAAAUCAGCAUCAAUGCCCACUUGCUGCAAGUGAAGCGUUUCUUAUUUGGCCUGAUGAACAAGGAGGUGAUGAGGGUUCUGGAAAACCUGCUGGGGUGUCCCAUCCCCGCAGUAGUGAAACGGGCACUUCUCCACUGGAUCCGUCUGUUAGGUCAACAGGCCCACACCACCACCCCGCUAGACUUCCUGGACUGCUUCUACUGUCUUUUUGAGACUCAGGACGAAGAGUUUGUUCGCUUAGCAUUGAACAGCUUCCAAGCAGUAUGGCUUUCAAUUAACCGGCGAAUGGACUUACUAGUAUCUUCCUACUGUCUCCAGCACUGCCAGUAUUUGUGGAAAAUUCAGAUGGAUGUCAGAGAGAUCUUCUCAGAAGAUGAGGUUACUGAGGCAUGGCCCAUGAUUCCACAAGGGAUGCAGACCAAGGUCCUGGUUGACGACUGGUGGGAAAAUCUUUGCUUGGUGCUCAGCACCCACCCAAACCUACGACAGCUAGACCUCAGUGGCAGCAUCCUGAACGAAUGUGCAAUGAGGACCCUGUGCAUCAAGCUCAGACAGCCAACCUGUAAAAUACAGAAUCUGAUAUUUAAAAGGGCACAAAUUACCUUUGGUCUCCAAUAUCUCUGGAGGACUGUCAUCAUCAACCAUCGUAUUAAAUACUUGAGCUUGGAAGGCACUCACCUGAAGGAGGAGGAUAUGGGGAUGGUGUGUGAAGCCCUACGACACCCAAGUUGUAUGUUGGAGUCUUUGAGGUUGGAUCACUGUGGGUUAACCCACACCUGUUGUCUGCUGAUCUCCCAAAUCCUGCUCACAGCCACCAGACUGAAAUCCCUCAGCCUCACAGGAAACAAGGUGACGCACCGGGGCGCCACGCCUCUCUGUGACGCCUUGACCGUCUCGCAGUGCGCCCUGAAGAAGCUGCUACUGGGAGACUGUGGCCUGACAGCUGCCGGCUGCCAGGAUCUGGCCUCGGCCCUCAUCAGCAACCAGAGAUUAACACACUUGUACCUGUCGACCAACAACCUGGGCAGUGAAGGCGUGAAUCUGUUGUGUCGUGCCUUAAAACUUUUCAGCUGUGCCCUACGGAGGCUUAUACUAAAUGAAUGCAACCUGGAUGUCAUUGGCUGUGGCUUUCUUGCUCUUGCACUUACGGGCAACCGACAUCUGACGCAUCUGAGCCUUAGCAUGAACCCCUUGGGAGAUGAUGGGAUGAUCCUUCUGAGUGAGGCCAUCGCGGAACCAUCUUGUCACCUCCAGGACCUGGAACUGGUGAAGUGUCACCUCACUGCCACUUGCUGCAAGAAGCUAUCCUUUGUGAUCACAAGAAGCAAACACCUGAGGAGCCUGGAUCUUGCUGCCAAUGCCCUGGGUGACGGUGGGAUGGCAGCACUGUGUGAGGGGUUGAAGCAAAAGCAGGGUUCUCUGAGGAGACUCGGGUUGGAGGCGUGUGACUUGACUUCUGACUGUUGUGAGGCCCUCUCCUUGGCUCUCUCCUGCAACCAGAGUCUGACCAGCCUAAACCUGAUGCGGAAUAAUUUCAGUCCUGAAGGAAUAAUGAAGCUGUGUCCAGCUUUUGCACAUCCCAACUCGAAUCUACAGAUUAUUGGGCUGUGGAAAUGGCAAUAUCCAGCUCAAGUGAGGAAGUUGCUGGAGGAGGUGCAACUACUGAAGCCCCAGGUUGUGAUUAGCGAUGGCUGGUAUGCUUUUGACGAAGAAGACCGGUAUUGGUGGAAAAACUGA